AUGAUUGCUACUCCUGUAAAUCCAAACUCAAUUGAUGUACCAUUGAUUCAAACGGGAUGUUUAAAAUCAGAAUUUAAUUCAACAUAUCCAGCUCAUCUUAAUGGAAUAAUAACACCAGAUGAAUUUCAACAGUCAAUUGAAAAUAUUAAUCGAACAAUCUCUUCAAGAAAACCUGUGAUUAUUUUAGGUUUCAUUGCUAUUUUAUGUUUAGUUAGUGGAAUGACAUUAUUUGUUGUUGGGGGAAUAACAAGUGUGACUUCUCGUUCAACUGGGUUCCCUAUAGUAGUCGGUAUUGGAUUUGGACUGUUCGGCUUUGGAGUACUGAUUUUACCGAUUGGAUGUUGCAUUGUACAGUCACACGUUACAGCUCGAAUGCAACAAGUAGUUGCUAAUGAAUCGAUGAAGUAUUCGACGCGAUCACCACCCUGUAGUUGGCGAUUACAUGUUUACAGAACUUGGAGUGGUGGAUAUGGACGUCGUCAAAGAACGGGACUUGUUUACCGUUUAGUUAUUGAAAUUGGAAAUUCUGUUGCUCCAAGAAGUGGACAAGCAUUGUAUCAAUUCAAUCAAGUUACUCCUCAGCCAGUAUCAUUUUUUCCACAAGAAAAUAAUGUACCACCUCCUCCUCCAUAUUACCACCAAUCAAUUGCAGGAUUUUGUUCGCAAUGUGGAAUACCACGGUCGCAUAUCACGGCGAAAUUUUGUUCGUCAUGUGGCCAUUCGUUCAAUACAUAUUAA